GAUGAUGAUGAUGAUGAUGAUGAUAGUAUUAGUAGUAGUGAAUACGAUGAGUCUAUGAUUGAUUAUGAUGAUUAUGAUGAAGAAUCGGAUUAUGAUGAAGAUUAUGAUGAAGAAGUUAUAUUACCUAUAAAUCAUUUACAUAUAAGUUCAAAUCAACCUCAACCAUUAGUAAGUAUAUUAAAAUCCCAAUCAUCUACCAAUAAAAGAUCAUCAUCUAUAACAUCAUCAACUUCAACUACAUCAAGUUCAAGUUUAGAAUUAUCCAUCAUAACAUCGAAAAUCAAUUCUAUCAUUGAAGAAUAUUUCCCUACUCUUAUUAAUGAUGAAGAUUUCAUUGAUAUUAAAAAUUAUGUUAUAAAUUAUUUAAUUAUCUUCCUUACCAAAACAGAAUUAACUAAAUCAGGAUCGGACAGCAAUAAUAACACAUCAAAUGAUAAUAUAAACAGUCGAAUUCUUAAUUUAUUCAUUCAAAAACAAUUCAAAUUAAAUCUUAUUGAAAAGAUCUUUGAAAUCUUAAUUGAGAAAUAUGAAUCAAUCAAAAUUGAUUCAUUAUUAGAUUAUUUCCUUGAUUUCAACAGUAAAUCAUCCUCUCACAAUAAACCCAAUGAUGAUGAUAAGAUGGGGAAUUAUUUCAUUAUGGGAAGAUUAUUACAUAAUCCUAAAUUUUAUGAUCGAUAUAAAAUCAUUUGGAAAUUGGAUCAUUUGAAUUAUAAAUAUUAUGAUAAAUCUUAUUUCAUUGAUGAUUAUUUUAAUAAUUUGAAUUAUAAUUAUAAAUAUACUUAUCAUAAACAUGAUGAAUGGGAAUUAUUAUUAAAUAAACAUCAAUUCCUGAUGAAUUUUGAUAAAUUUUUUAUAUAUUAUAAUCGAGAUUUAAAAGCAGGUAGAAUUUAUGAUGAUGAUGGGUUGGAUGAUGAUGAUGAUAAUGAUAAUGAUGAAGGAGAUGAUAUCGAUGAAAGGUUUGGAAAUACUAGUAGUGAUGAGAAUUAUGAUUAUUAUGAUUAUUCAAGUUCAUCAAUUGGGAUGAUUAAUAGUAAUAGUAGUAAUUAUCAUCGAUCAUCUACUAGUUCAACUAGUUCAUCAAGUUCAUCAACAAGUGGUAAUUCAAUGUUUAGUGAUAGAAGAGUAUCAGAAGUUUCCACUGGCAGUAGUUUUUCAUCAAAAUCAUUAAUCAUGAAUAAGAAGGCAUUAACAACCACAACCAAUACAAACGUAGCAACCACCAUACCUAAGCCAAAGACAGUUGAGAAGUCAUUAAGGUUCAAUGAUCAUAUUGAUGUGUUGAGUAUUAAUAGACAUGAACCAGUUUAUUAUUUAAAUUGUAUUAGAAUAUAAGGUAGUGGUAGCAGUAAUUAACAUUAGGGUGAUAGUUAACAGGAUAAUAGGUAAGAACCCAAGGACAGGACAGGACAAGACAUACAUAUAUUAACAUAGGGCAAUAAGGGUAGAGCCUCAAUAAUUCAUUUCUUCUUUUUAUAUUAGUAGUAAAUAUCAUUAAUUUAUCGUAACAAAAAUGCAUAAUUAAAAAUCUAUAGUGUUUCACACGUGAUUCGCAAAUGUAUGGUGAAACUCCGGAUCGAUUUAUCCAAUUUUAGUCCGACUGUUUUUUUGUGAAGCGGAGAGAGAGAGAGAGAGAAAAUUUUAAACAUGAGACUUGUUCUGGAAAUUGGCUUUGAAGUUUUACUCCCACAACCACCACAACAACAACAACAAUUUUAAAAAUCCUUAAUUAAAUUGAUUGAUCAUUCGAUCUGAACAGCG